AUGGAUGUUGCAGGUUAUAUCGGGGGCAGCGUUCUCGCCUCCCUGUUAAAGCACCCCCUGUCAGACACAUUCCGCCUCACAAUUCUCGUUAGGGAUGCAGCGAAGGCAUCCCAGUUCCGGAUGAUGGGCAUCCAUACCGUCGUUGGCUCACACUCUGACCUGCAACUGCUCGAGGAUACGGCGGCGGAUGCGGAUCUCGCUGAUGCGGAUGACGAAGGUGCGGCAAAGGCAAUCUUGCGGGGCCUCAAGAGACGGUUUGAAAAGACGGGAAAAGUACCAUCGCUCAUUCAUACCCACGAAUUUAUCGUUAGCGUCCAAGGUGUAUUGGUAGACGACGCACAAGGAAUGAAGGCAACCGACGUGAUAUACUCCGACCUCAACAUCGAGCAAAUGGAGUCCAUACCUAUAACUCAGCCUCACCGUUCUGUCGAUUUGGCUAUAGUUGACGCAGACAAGGAAGGCUACGUGAGAACAUAUAUUGUGCUUCCGAGUACUAUCUACGGAAUUGCCACAGGCCCGCUUGUAGACGCCGGCCUUCAGAACGCACACUCGCAACAGAUUCCUCAGCUUGUAGAAUUGAGUCUUGACCGCGGACAGGCGGGCAUGGUUGGCCUAGGAAAGAACAUUUGGCCCAAUGUCCAUAUUCACGACGUUGUCGACCUCUACGUCGUACUCAUCGACAGCAUCGUGCCUCACAGAAGUGACACCCAUUCUCACCCACACCGCGCAAUAACCCCGCAUCCCGACCUGGCACAUGGCCCAUCUGGUUUCUACUUUGGCGAGAACGGGGAGCAUACGCUCUACGAUGUCGGUUUGGCCAUUGGAAAGGUCAUGGUAUCCCUUGGAAAAAGUAAAGACGCGAAUCCAACUCCAUUCACCGAGGAAGAGACCAAGAAAUAUUUCCCUAAUGGCACUAUGAUGGGAACGAACUCCCGUUGCAGAGCAGACAGAGGCCGGGAGCUUGGAUGGAAGCCCAAGAAGACCACGAAGGAUAUGUUGGCGAGUAUCAAGGCUGAAUUUAAACACUGA